CCUUUCACUUGAAAGAGCUUCGCUCAGCUAUCCAAAACCCUAGCAACGCAUUCCCUCCUAUAAGCAACCAACCAUGGAGAAACCCAAGAAUCCCGCCGUAUCUCGGCCGCCCCCGCUUGCUGCCUUCGACGGCAAUAAACAAAACAAGAACAAGCGGCGGCCUCCGAGCCCGGAAGAGGUAUUGUCCUUCUACGAGUCCCAGGGCUUAGACCACCGCGCCGCCUCCCUCAAAGCCAUCGAAGACCUCCAGUCCGCCCUCCUCCGAGGCGCCGCCGCUUCCCGCCGGGGCCGCCUCGCUCCCUCCGCCGAGCUUCAACGCAAGCUCGACAAUACCAACACCCGCCUCGCCGUCCUCGACAUGAAGCUCGACUCUAAGCCCGGCUACCCUGAAUCCCUCGCCAUCGGGCUUACAUCUGGUGCCCUUCUCCACGGCCUCACCGCCGCCUUCCGCGCCCUCGCCGACACUUGGCGCUCCGUCUCCUCCGCCACCAAGUCCCGCACACCUCCCUACUAACCCCCUGUAUCUCUCAUUGGAGAUUAUUUUGUGCGGACACCAGCCACAACUUACUGUUCAGAGACGAAUCAGGUGCAGCCAUGUCAUCCAGUAUCGAGCUCGGUACCGAGUAGCGGGUGAUGUGGCGCAUUUUCAUUGGGCUCAAGAUGGUGUUCGGCACCCGCACAAAAUAAUUCAUCUAUUCCAGGACACUUAAUUUCCAGAAUGUGUUCAAUAACUUUAAAACAACCUUUUUAGGGCAAUGUUCAUUAGUUGAAUACUAUGGAGAAAAAAGGAUUCGUAUAGCAGACUCCAUAUAGUGAGAUAAAAAUUUGAUCUUGUUAUAUUCAUUAGUUGAAUAUCAUGUGCUUAGAUUUCGAGCUUUGUAAGAAUUCUAAAUUUCUACGAGAUCUUUACAUUAUCAUUUGCUUA